AUGUUGAGGAACCCGCCAGGGCAAGCUCAGGUAACGAGACCAAAGGCAAAGGAGCAGAGCUGGGGUCUGAGUUCAGGCCAUCCACACUUUAUACGGUGCUGCGCGGUCCAGAGCCGGUGGCCGGGGUCCCAGCGCAAAGAAGGAGCAGCAGACCCAUAUGAUCCUGAGCCGGAACCGAAUCUGGGAUCGAGACCGGAGCGACAGGAGCGGAGUCUGUGCCGGGUCCACAACUGCUCUCAGUUCCACCCAAGAGACCAAACCCCCAACAGCGCGCGAGGGUCCGUAACGAACCCGGUCCCUGGAGGGGAGGUUUCGCCCAGAGUCCCAGAUCCGGGAGUCUUUCCCGAGGGGACCGACUCUCCCUUGGAAAUACCUCCUCUGCUGAGCCUGCUCCCAAAGGUCCCGGGACACCUUCCUCCACCACACGGCGCCGCUCCCGGACGGAAACCCGACUCCGCGAGACCACACGAGGAGAAUGGGCGCGGGGGGAGGGUGCGCGGGAGGUCAGGGAAUAAACCCAAAGUUUCUGUGACUUGGCCAAGGUCACGGAGGAGACUCCCGGGCUUUCUACCGCUAAGCACAACUUUCUGUAAUACCGUCUGCGCUCCUGAUGCUGGCUACGCUCCGAGUAUCGUCAGGGAAGACUUCCAGCAAGAUCCACUACCAUGGCACAACAGUGACUCCUUUCUAUCCAGUGAGCCAUGACUGCACUGCAGAGGAGGCUCCUAAUCAAGUAAACAAAAUGACAGACUCG